GGGAUCAGAAUUGAUAGAUAAUCCUCCAGUCAAUUCCCACCGUCCAUUAUCCAACCUAUCCAAAUCGUGAGACACACUCUCAUCAAAAACCCUUUCCUCACUUCCGGCGAAAGGUACACACAUCACCAGAAUCAGAAUCUCUGCUCAUUCUUCUCGCCGGAAAACAUGGCGGCUCUGCAGCAAUCUGCAAUAGCAUUUCAAUCCAAAUCUCCACCUCCAACGCAAGCCUCCGGUAAGGUGCUAGCUCCCAAGACCAUCCGAUUAUCGUUCUCCGGCAGCUUCUCAUCCCUCAGGAUCCCAAAACUAGCCACGAAACUCUCCGGCAAAACCAAAACCCAGGGGGGAGGUGGUGGCGGCGCUGCUGGCGCAAAGAUGGCGGAUUCCGCGGCCGGAAGCUACGCCAAUGCCCUUGCGCAGGUCGCGAAAUCAAACGGAACCUUAGAUACAACUAGCGCAGACCUAGAAAAGCUCGAGAAGAUCUUCAGCGACCCUCUGGUGUACGAUUUCUUCGUUAAUCCGACGAUCGGUGAGGAAAAGAAACGGAAGGUGAUCGACGAUAUUGUGAGCUCGUCGAGCCUGCAACCACAUGUGGCGAAUUUCUUGAACAUUCUAGUGGACAUGAAGCGGAUCGAGCUGAUCAAGGACAUAGUGAAGGAAUUCGAGGUUGUGUACAACAAGCUUACGGAUACGGAAUUGGCGGUGGUGACUUCGGUGGUGAAAUUGGAAUCGCAGCACUUGGCGCAGAUUGCCAAGGGAGUACAGAGGCUGACGGGAGCGAAGAACGUAAGAAUCAAAACCGUACUGGAUCCAUCUCUCAUUGCAGGGUUCACUAUCAAGUAUGGAGGAUCAGGAUCUAAGCUUGUCGACAUGAGUGUGAAGAAGCAGCUCGCAGACAUCACUACUCAGCUCGAUUUCAGCGACAUCACAAUCCCUGUUUAGAAAUCUUUGUAGAUGAACUUUAGGGUUCGGAAUUUGGACAAAGAAGAAGAGCCAAAUCGGUCAUUCGGCUACCCUCUUAUUCUGGUUUCCCCCUUUUUCUUCUCCCUCUUGUUAAUUCUUUCGAUGUAUUACUAGUAUGUACUAUGUAGUAAUUGUACUCCGAUUGAUUGUUAUUCCAAAGGAAAUGCACUUGGAAACUUGGGAUUUUAUUAAUUCCUGAAACAAA